UUUUUUUAACCACUCUAUAUUUGGCUUCUGGGGUGGUUCCGGUUUUCUUUUUCUUCUUGGUUGGGAUUCUAAAGCCAUUUUCUUUAAUUUUUCUCUGUUUUCUUUGGGAGAUUCCUCUGUUUUUUUUUACAUGUCUCAACAAAGGCAAUUCCAGAUGGUGGGUGGUAACAAUAACAAUCCAGGAGCAGGGCAGUACAAUGACACGACUUUUACGAAAAUCUUUGUUGGUGGAUUGGCUUGGGAAACACAAAGAGAUACCAUGAAGCGUUAUUUUGAGCAAUUUGGAGAGAUUGUUGAAGCUGCUGUUAUCACAGACAAGAAUACCGGGAGAUCCAAGGGUUAUGGCUUUGUUACCUUUAAGGAUCCAGAUGCAGCCAUUAGAGCAUGUCAAAACCCUUCUCCUACCAUCGAUGGAAGGAGGGCGAAUUGCAACCUUGCUUCAUUGGGUGCACAGAAGACUCGUCCACUAACUCCUCAACAUGGAGGUGGACGGUUUAUACCAGCACCUGGAUUGAUGGCAUCGCCUGUGUAUCGUGGUUCCUCAUCAACAUUAAUCCAACAACCAAAUGGUCAAUAUUCAAUUCCUUACUCUGCUUACGGGUAUACGGGAUAUUCACAGGACGGUAUUUAUCCUUUGAACUAUUAUAGUUUGUAUGGGGGUCAGCAGUUUUCACCUUACUACGCUACUGGAACAUCGAUGACACCGGGCAUGUUUCAUAAUUUGUAUCCAUUUUAUGCUCAACAUGGACAAAACAGCCAGGCUUAUGGUUUUGGUGUCCAAUAUCCUCAUAUGUUGCAAUAUCCUUAUUUGCCUCAUCAGUAUAGCUCAACCGGGAACCUAUCGCUUCCAUCUUCAUUGCCUAUGGCAGCAACCACCACAGCAACAACUACAGAGACGACAGCUGCAACAUCGACAACACCACCAAUGUCAUCAUCGGAGACAGAAAAAACAUCGUCAAUAAUAGAACCACUAACCCCAGCAACUAUAGCACCAACUGGGGUGGCCAAAACGGAGACAGGUCCUUCACAAGCUUCUGGGACACCUACUGAAAAGGAACCCUCAAGUUAAUCUGUAUUCUGGGAUAUGGUGACUUACAGUAAACGAUCAAUAUCUUUCGAAAGGGAAGCAAAGGUAGAGAUAGCAGAAAGAAACGAAUAACAAAGAAUGCAUCAAAGUUAUUGAUUCAAAAGAAGGCUGCGUCAUGCCUGAUCACCUAGCAUAACAGGAAAUGAAACUCAAAGUAUUUCAGUAGGGGAUUGUCGAUUCAUGGGAAGGGCGUUUUAGAUGUAAAGCUCGCUCCACUAACUUGUAGUCAUUCUCCAUUCGAGUCGCCGAUUCAUCGUAUAGAUGUCUGUUCUAGGACGUAGGGAGAGUCAAUUAGUUGCUGUUUAACAUUAGGAGAAAAAAUCAUAUUCAUUAAUGCAUGUAUUUAUGUGCACAAGGUGGAAACUAAAUAUUGGCUUUGGAUUCUACCUUAAGACACAAAUUAUUAGAUGAUUUUGUCUCGGAUGCAAAGAGCAUCCGAUGACAGUCUUGUUCAUAUUUGUAAAGUGGUUCAGAAGAUUGAUUUUGUAUCUUCGAACCCGAAUUCGAUUUUAUCGGUCAAGUAAAAGGGCGAGCUCGGAUAGCUCACCCAUGAACUUAUAUUA